AUGCGGACUGAAACACAGACAUCACAGUGCCAAACCUUCCAGGACGCACAGAAAUGCGCAUGCACGCGCGGCUGUUGGAGACGAGGGGCUGAGCUGAGCAACACCAUCGAUCAAAGAGCGAGAGGGAGGGAGAAAGAGAAUGCAGUAUGUUUCGCCCAGCAGACCUCUCCUUUCCCUCCUCCUCCUCUGUCUCCCUGCCAGCUAAUGCUGAGUGGAGGUGAAGCAGUGAUUCUCCUUGCGUGUCAUCCACGGGGGAAAUCUCUCCACAUCCAGGCUUGACUGAGGCGAUGACAGCGGAGCGAAGCUGUGAAUUUAGAGAGACCAGGCCGGCAGGACGCGCGUGAAAUCCGGGAGCGCAAAGUAACACGGAGAGAGGAGCAGCAACUUCUCUUGGUGAUCUGCGCUCAGCUCCGGAUCUCUUGGCACCGGGGAAAAUUCUUCAUUUUGGUCAGCGAUGGAGUUCCCAGAGGACUUCCUGUUGGAGGGGAUCCCGCUCUUCAAUGUCUCUCUUUUCCAUAACAACUUCAGCAACGAUUACAAUGAGACGGACGCCCUGCUGCCAACUGGGGUCAAAGUCACCAUAGUGGUCGUCUACAUGAUUGUCUGCGUGAUUGGCCUCGUUGGAAAUUUCCUGGUCAUGUAUGUCAUCAUAAGAUACACGAAGAUGAAAACAGCCACAAACAUUUACAUCUUUAACCUGGCUUUGGCUGACUCUUUGUUCCUGGCCACUCUACCUUUCCAGGGCACUGACGUGUUUCUGGGUUUCUGGCCAUUCGGGAAUGCUCUGUGUAAGACGGUGGUGUCUAUCGACUACUACAACAUGUUUACCAGCACCUUCACCCUGACAGUGAUGAGUAUGGACAGGUAUGUGGCUGUGUGCCACCCUGUGAAGGCUCUGGAUAUGAGGACCCCUCACAAGGCCAAGGUGGUGAACAUCUGUGUGUGGGUGUUGGCAUCAGCCUUUGGUGUGCCCGCCAUGGUCAUGGGAAAUGUAGAGGAGGAACAAGAACAUAACAGUGUCGAGUGCAUUGUGGCUUUACCUGAACCAAAGAGUCACUGGGAACCUGUCUUUGGCACCUGUGUGUUCCUCUUCUCCUUCCUCAUCCCCGUGGCCAUCAUCAGCAUCUGCUACAGUCUGAUGGUUAAACGCCUGCGAAAUGUUCGCAUCUUGUCCGGCUCCAAGGAAAAGGAUCGCAACCUGCGGCGCAUCACCAGAAUGGUCCUCGUGGUGGUGGCGGCAUUCGUGGUCUGUUGGACUCCCAUUCAGAUCAUGGUCUUGGCUCAGUCUCUCGGUUUUAAUCUGAGCAGCCUGUACACACUGGUGAUGAUGCACUUCUUCAUCGCACUGGGCUACGUCAACAGCAGCUUGAAUCCGGUUCUUUACGCCUUUCUAGAUGAAAACUUUAAGCGCUGCUUUCGUGAGUUCUGCCAACCAUCUCCAUUUCGCCACGAUACCCAGCAGUCAGGCAGAAUGAGGAGCAUGGGUAGAGAGGUGGCAGUGGUUUACAGCUGCAAGGCCGGUGAUGGAGGGGAGCUAGGGGGAGGAACGCCUAAUCCAGCAUGACUAGGCGUGGAGUUCCCUUUAGUGGGGGUAGAGCCCCCACAGAGGGAAGACAACCAUGGGUCAGGGAGUUCCAACACAGAAUUGACCCAGAUUACUGCUCUCUAGCGGCGCGAGCCCUCCCGUCCCCCAACUAGGAGACUGGCCUGGGGCGGGGGGGAAGGAGAGGAAGAGGAUGGGAUUGAAAGAAAAAGAAUAUAAGACAAAAAUGAUGGACAUAGCAUCCAUAGGUGCAGACAAUGAUGUCGAGCUGAAUGCCUUACUGAUGCUGGUAGUGGAUUUCAUGAUGUUGGAUAUGGAUUUAGCUCAACCUCACAUUUCAAGAUUGAAACGACCCAAACUUCAUUAAACGGUAGAGGACAGGAUAUUGCUCUUUUUGGGAAAAUAGAGCUUUCUGAAACGCAAGAUGACUUUGAAAAAAUCUUGCUAGAAUCAAACAUGUCCCUGAAAAUAUUAGAGGGAUGAAAAGAGAUAUUUUUCCAAGCAGACAAUGAUUCUGCGCACCUGGAAACUGCCCAACUCUGCACUUGGGGAAAGCUUGAUGCAGCAAGUCUUUGAUCAACAAAGAAUGGAUUGCAGCCGAAGAUGCUAAGUGACAUAGAGUCACACUGUCAGAGAAUAAAUAACUUUGGGUGGGAACAAAGCAGCAGAAGAAAGUGUGUUUGACAGUGUUUGUAAUUAAGAUUGAACAGUUUUACCAUGGUUUACUUCAACAGUAAGUGUUGGAUAAAAAACUAGGCAUCAUAAACAGACUCUUGCGUGGGAAGCUUCACGUUGGACUAAAAAUUGUGUGUUUAUAAUAAAAUGCUGCUGAGCCCUUGUGUAUAAGAAUGCCUUUCCAGGGGUAAAAGUCAUCAUUUUCAGUUGUGGCAGGAAGCUGGAUGGAGUAUGUAACAAAAGCUGGCCCAACCGGAGGAAAAUGACCACUGAACUGCAUACAUGGAACCUUAUUGAGUUAAAUAAAGAUUACCACUUUGUCAUUGGAGUUUUUCCAUGUACUCUGAAACAAAACUAACUGAUCUAGUGGUAAGAGCUGGUUAUUUAAAGGUGAAUUGAUCACUGAUGGAAAUUUUCAGUGUAUUUGUUUUGGAAACUGCAUCAACUGCUAUCUAAAGGGCACAUUCAACUGAACAAAGACGUACAAAUAAGGAAAAUGGUUAUGGAUCAUUAUCACAUUUAACCCUUGUGCUAUCUUAGAUGACCCCACCCUUACAUUGACGUGUUCUUCCUACCAUGACAGAGGUGGAUAAAGGUGGAAAGACUUCACGUAAUCCAUGGACACCAGUGAAGAUCACAAAUCAUUGAAGAAAAAAGGUUCAGAGCACUGUCUAGUGGGUCUGGAUGACCCAACUCCCAAUGUUAAAGUACCUAGGAUAGCGCAAGGGUUAAAGGCACAACGACAUAUUACCUGUUUUGUGCUUUUGUGGUGAUCCUUAAAUUAAAAUGUUAAUUGACACUAACUUGAAAAGUGCAGCUUCCAGGGUCAGUUUCAUAAGUAGCACUUGCAGUUUACCAUGGAAAAUCUAACGUUGGGUAAAAACUACUAAAGUUCAAUGUCUAGUUAAAGCACUUAAGACCUGUGAGGGCUCUCAUACUGGUUAAAGAAAAGUGUUUUAUAUCAUAGAAAAAUACUAACGAGUGCAGUGUGUUAACAUUGGUGUGGAUCACUUCACAGCAACAGCUAGGGGGCGCAGCCACUGUAGGAGUCAUGAACUUCAGCACAACAGUGGACGGGGUGAUGAUGCUGUGACCCCCACUUCAAGGGACAAAGGGGCUCUCUCUGUAUCUUUCUCUCUCCUUAGUGUCUUAAAGUGGAAAUCAGCCCUGAAACAUGAAUUAUAUAUGUCAUUGCUGUCUUUUGAGGCACUUAGACAAGACCUCAAUAUAGGAUCUGGUUAUGGACAAACAUUUUUCACAGAUUUCAAACCCAUGUAAAUACAUUUUCUUCCAAGGUACUCUUAGUUUCAGUAGUAAAACGGUGUUUCAGAUCAUCGAAACAUAUGACUUUGUAAGAAAAUAAACUAACAAUGGUUCAGUUUACAUCCAGUUUCAUAGUGUCAGUCUUGGCUAUUCAUAGUACUGAGAGAAUUUUCACCAUUAUGCAGCAGAUUAGCUGUGAACUGUCCAGGCGUUUAUCCUGUGAAUGUAUUUAGUUUUAGGGCUGACGACCACAUUCAUUUAAUGUUUGUGUCCUAUCCCAUUGUUUAGACAAGUGUCAAUCUAGAAGAUGUCUUCACCUGAGUUCAUGUUUGGCUAAAAUGUUGCUUUCAAAUGAAUGUCGGGAAAGCUGAUUCAUACGGGUUGUGUCUCAAUUCCUUCGCUACUCACUACUUAUGUAGUGUGUUUGUCAUUUGGUAGACCUGUCCGGUCUACAAUUCUACAAUUCUACAAUUCCAAAAUUGAAUGCUAGAAACUUCCCAAAAAGUCUCUGCCAAAA